AUGUAUACCAAACAGUUCCUUCAAGCUUCGUUAUUAGCUUCUGUCGCUUCGGCCCUUGUCAGUAAAGAUGGUGUAACUGGUAAAUUACCAGCACUAGGAUGGAAUUCCUGGAAUGCUUUCCGUUGCGACAUCAACGAGGAGAAAUUCCUCACAGCCGGUCAAAAGCUCAUUGACCUUGGGCUUGCAAAGGCUGGUUACAAUUAUGUCAAUAUCGACGACUGCUGGUCCAUAAAGUCCGGAAGAGACAACACAACCCAACGUAUACUGCCAGACUUGACAAAGUUCCCCGAUGGCAUUGACGGUACCGCAAAGAAGAUCCACGACAUGGGACUUAAAAUCGGUAUUUACAGCGAUGCGGGGAAGACGACUUGCGCUGGCUAUCCCGGGUCACUUUAUUAUGAGGAUAUUGAUGCGGCAACAUGGGCUGAGUGGGGGAUUGACUAUCUCAAAUAUGAUAACUGUGAUGUUCCCUCCGAAUACUGGACCGGUGAUGAAUACCACGGCUGUCACCCAGAUUAUAAUAACCCCACAGGACCCAACGGCACCUGUGUCAACGAUCCUGGCGUUGCACCGGCGGGAUACGACUGGUCUAAAUCCCGUACGGCAGAGAGGUACACCCGCAUGACUACAGCGCUUUUGAAACAGGACAGAGUUAUUCUGUACUCUAUCUGUAACUGGGGGCAGGCAAAGAUCGAGACCUACGGAGCAAAUAUAGGACACAGCUGGAGAAUGACUGAUGACAUCUUCCCUGUAUGGAGCGAGGUCAUCCACAUUAUAAAUUACAACAGCUUUAAACUCAAUUAUGUAGAUUUCUGGGGCCACAACGAUGCCGACAUGCUUGAAGUUGGCAACGGCGACCUCACUCCCGAAGAAACGCGCUCUCAUUUCGCUCUGUGGGCAGCAAUGAAAAGUCCUCUUCUCAUUGGCACUUCCCUAGACUCUAUUUCUAGUGACAACCUCGCCAUCAUGAAAAAUAAAUACCUACUUGCUUUCAACCAAGACGAUGUAAACGGUGCACCAGCGAUGCCUUACAAGUGGGGCAUCAAUCCAGACUGGACCUAUAAUGACACACACCCCGCCGAGUUCUACAGCGGCGCAAGUAAGGACGGAACGCUAGUGCUGAUGCUCAACACGCUCGAGACCGAGACGGAAAAGGUAGCGGUUUGGAGUGAGGUUCCUCAGCUGAAGACUCAGGGUAAGUGCUUCCAGGUCACCAACGUGUGGACGGGUGAGGAUUUGGGAUGCGUGAGCGAGAGCUAUAAGGCGAAGGUGGCAAGACAUGAUACAGCUGUCUUGCUUGUGGGUAAGAGCUGUGAUUGUAAAUAG